UUUCCGUCUCAGGUCGCCGCUGCGAGAGGAGCCGCCGCCAUGUCUGUGCAUCUGCAAUGGAUGGUCGUGCGGAACUGCUCCAGUUUCCUGAUCACGAGGAAUAAACAGACCUACAGCACUGAGCCCAAUAACUUGAAGGCCCGCAAUUCCUUGUGCUACAACGGACUGAUUCACCACAAGACUGUGGGCGUGGAGCCAGCAGCCGACGGCAAAGGUGUCGUGGCGGUCAUUAAGCAGAGAUCUGGCCAGUGGAAGCCUGCCACCUCCUAUGUGUGGACCACCAUCAACAACAAUGCUCGCGCCACACUCAGCAGCAUCAGACACAUGAUCCGCAAGAACAAGUACUGCUCCAACCUGCGCAUGGCAGCCAUCCGCAGGGCCAGCGCCAUCCUGCGCAGCCAGAAGCCUGUGAUGGUGAAGAGGAAGCGGACCCGCUCCACCAAGAGCUCCUGAGCCCCCUGUCCCCAAAGCAAUAAAGAGUCAGCUGGCUUUCUCGAAAAAAAAAAAAAAAAAAAAAA